AGGGCAAAGAGGGUAGGAAGCCGGCAUGGCGCUCUGGUCAAUAAAAUCGAUAGCUGGAAGCUGCCUGUGUUCCAGGCAAAGGCGGUGCAGUAGCAGCGCCGCCAUUUUCCCCGAAGGCAUCUUCCGGUGCCUUUCCCCCAAGUUCGGGUAGGAGUUUCCUGAAGAACAGCGACAGGUUUCCGUUAGCCCCGCAGGCGGCGGUUUCCGAUUCCCUGCUGGCCUGCCCUAGGCACACUCAGUCCCGGUCCGGCGCCGGCUCCCAAAUCCCGGGUCCGCCAGGGGCCAAGGCCGGGCCAGGGGAGGUCGUGCCACCGACUUCUCGGGUCCAAUGGCACCGCCUUCAGCUCCGCUCCCCGAACGGGGACCAGGAGAGGCUGGACCCGGCCGGAGAAGGGGAAGGAAGCCAAGGGCGGUGAAGUUCGCGGACGUGGCCGUGUACUUCUCCCCGGAGGAGUGGGAGUGUCUGCGGUCCGCGCAGAGGACCCUGUACCGGGACGUGAUGCGGGAGACCUACGGCCACCUGGGCGCGCUCGGGUGCGCAGGUCCCAAACCAUCCCUCAUCUCCUGGUUGGAACGAAAUACCGAUGAUUGGGAACCAGCUGCCUUGGAUCCACAGGAGUGCCCAAGGGGGUUAACAGUCCAAAGAAAAACCAGAGCCAGAAAGAAGACUGAAGAGAAAGAUGUUUUCCCACCUAAGGAGGCACCCCGGAAGGGGAAGAGAGGGCGGAAGCCCAGCAAGCCCAGAUUGAUUCCCAGACAGACAUCUGGGGGUCCCAUCUGCCCUGACUGUGGUUGUACCUUCCCUGAUCACCCAACUCUGAAAAGCCACAAGUGUGCCCAGAAUCUAAAAAAGCCUUACCCUUGCCCAGACUGUGGGCGCCGCUUUUCCUACCCAUCCCUGUUGGUCAGUCACCGGCGGGCACACUCUGGUGAAUGUCCCUAUGUUUGUGACCAAUGUGGCAAACGUUUCUCGCAGCGUAAGAACCUCUCUCAGCACCAGGUUAUCCACACAGGCGAGAAACCCUACCAUUGCCCUGACUGUGGCCGCUGCUUCCGAAGGAGCCGGUCCUUGGCCAAUCACCGGACCACACAUACAGGCGAAAAACCCCACCAGUGCCCUAACUGUGGGCGGCGCUUUGCCUACCCCUCCCUGCUAGCCAUCCACCAGCGCACACAUACAGGAGAGAAGCCCUAUACUUGUCUGGAAUGCAACCGCCGCUUCCGCCAGCGCACCGCUCUCGUCAUCCACCAGCGCAUCCACACGGGCGAGAAGCCCUACCCAUGUCCAGACUGUGAGCGGCGUUUCUCCUCGUCCUCUCGCCUGGUGAGCCACCGGAGAGUGCACUCUGGGGAGCGUCCCUAUGCCUGCGAGCACUGUGAGGCCCGCUUCUCCCAGCGCAGCACCCUGCUCCAGCACCAGCUCUUGCACACAGGAGAGAAGCCCUACCCGUGCCCAGACUGUGGACGUGCCUUCCGUCGGAGCGGCUCCCUAGCCAUACAUCGCAGCACACACACCGAGGAGAAGCUGCAUGCGUGUGAAGACUGUGGCCGCCGCUUUGCCUACCCCUCACUACUGGCUAGUCACCGGCGCGUUCACUCAGGCGAGCGGCCCUAUGCUUGUGACCUGUGCUCUAAGCGCUUUGCCCAGUGGAGCCACCUGGCCCAGCACCAGCUCCUGCACACUGGGGAGAAACCUUUCCCUUGCCUUGAGUGUGGCCGUUGCUUUCGCCAGAGGUGGUCUUUGGCUGUCCACAAGUGUAGCCCCAGGGUCCAAAACUGUAGCUCUAGAUCUGCUAUAGAGGGACCCAGUCAGAAGGGCAAUGCCCUUUAGAAUGGAAAGGACUGUCUUAAGUUCAUUUCAUUUCAUGGAGGGGCCUAGAGAAGGGAAGGAGAAGCCCAGGUCAUACAGGGCAGAUUCAGAAUUAAAACCCAGGUCUUCUGCUACACAGACCUGAACUUGAGUAUAUUCUUCCACACUGGCUGCCUUACUCUGUCUAGAACAGAUAGUCCCAUUAGGAGAGGUGACAUCAUUUGGUUCAAAUUUAACAAGCUAUCUUAUCCUAAAAAUUUCUGUGCGUGGCCAUCAGAGUGAAAGUUCUCCCCAGAUAUUUUAGGGGCUGUCUACCUUUCUAAUUUGCAUAUAGGGAUUACCUGUCCCUUUGCAUGUAGUCAGGAGGAUCCUUUUUAUAGGUGGCAGGAUCUCCUACUCUGCCUCCUCCUCCAUACCAGGUUUAAACAAACCUGGUUUAGCCCCCUUUUUAACAAUACUCCUGCUAAGUGGUGUUCCACCCUUGCUUUAAAACCUCCCUUGACAGGGAGCUCACUACCUCACAAAGCAGGUCAUUUCAUUAUAGGAUAGCUGUGAUCUUUGAAGGUGGUUAAGUGCCACAUUCUUCCCUGUAAGCCUUGCCCAGAAUAUGUUUAGUACUUCCUCUACAUGGCAGCUUUUCAGAUAACUUAAUCCUAAUUACUUUGCCUCAUGUUUUCAGGUUAAACAGCAUUAAUUUGGUCAGUCAUUCUUUAAUGAUAGGGUUUCAGUUCCCAUACAUGAACUCCAAACAGGUGCUGGUUUUUCAGUGUUCCUUUUAAGGGGUCAUAUAAAAAUAAACCGGCACCACAGUGUACACAGUAUAUACCUCCUGGUCUGGAGUUGUUUUACCAGCUCUAGAUUACAUUGGAUUUGGGAAGAGGGGCAGCACUGUACCAGGGUGUAUUGGGUUGCAGAUACCCAAAUACC